GGNGAUCAAACCUCUCCUGAGACGUUUCUAAUCCUAACCAAACGGUUAAUCGCCGCGGGGCUUACGCGUCAAGCGGUUCGUGCUUUCGACGACGCGCCCUGUUUCCUAGAGAACCGUCGUUUCGGUGUUGUCGAGUUCGGGUUUCUUCUCGAUACGCUUUGUAAGUACGGUUACACGAAGAUGGCUGUUGGGGUUUUUAAUGAAAGGAAAGAAGAGUUUGGGUGUGAUGAGAAGAUUUAUACGAUUUUGAUUGCUGGUUGGUGUAAGCUUAGGAGGAUUGAUAUGGCGGAGAAGUUUUUAGCGGAGAUGAUUGAGUCUGGGAUUGAACCGAACGUUGUCACGUAUAAUGUUUUGCUCAAUGGGAUUUGUCGGACGGCAAGUUUGCAUCCGGAAGAAAGGUUCGAGAGGAAUGUGAGGAAUGCAGAGAAGGUGUUCGAUGAAAUGCGUCAGAGAGGGAUUGAGCCUGAUGUUACGAGUUUUUCCAUCGUGCUUCAUAUGUAUAGCCGAGCUCAUAAGUCUGAGCUGACGUUGGAUAAGUUGAAGCUGAUGAAGGCGAAAGGGAUUAGUCCGACGAUUGAAACAUACACUUCGGUUGUUAAAUGUCUCUGUUCUUGUGGGAGAUUGGAGGAAGCGGAAGAGUUGCUUGAAACAAUGGUGGAAACUGGGAUAAGCCCGUCUUCUGCGACAUACAAUUGUUUUUUCAAAGAAUACAAAGGGAGGAAAGAUGCUAAUGGGGCAAUGAAUCUGUAUAGGAAGAUGAAGAACGGAUUUUGUAAACCAAGUACGCAGACGUAUAAUGUAUUGUUGGGGACGUUUAUCAAUUUGGGGAAGAUGGAGACUGUGAAAGAGAUAUGGGAUGAUCUGAAGGCAAGUGAAACUGGUCCGGAUUUGGACUCGUAUACGUCAUUGAUUCAUGGGUUGUGUAGUAAGGAGAAAUGGAAGGAGGCUUGUGGGUUUUUUGUGGAGAUGAUAGAGAAGGGUUACUUGCCACAAAAGCUAACGUUUGAGACAUUGUAUAAAGGAUUAAUACAGUCUAAUAAGAUGAGGACUUGGAGGAGGUUGAAGAAGAAACUCGACGAGGAAUCUAUUACAUUUGGCUCUGAGUUUCAGAGAUAUCCUUUUGAGCCUUACAAGAGAUGAAGUAUACUGGCAAAUGUAAAAGACAUUUGAGUCAUAAUCUGAUUUCUUGUCUUUCUCAUUUUGUAGUAAAAAAAAAAGAUUUGAGUUUCUUUAGUUUUAAUAGGAGGAUGUUACCGUGUA